UUGGCACAGUUUUAUCGAAUCGAAGAAGGAAGGAAGAAGAAGAACCCUUUCUACUUUCUUCUCUCACUUGAACUCGGAGGUGAGUGAUCAAACCUGUACCUUUAAGGUUACGACGAAAUAGAGCUGUCUUCAAAUUGAGAUAGAGAUAGCCAACAAUGUUGCCGAGGUGGAGCACAGCAAUUAGCCAGCUCUCCAAGGUUGGACUACGGAAGAACAUGGAAUUCUCAAAAUAUCUUUAUGAUGGGUCUAGAAACUAUUCCAAGGUUGCUGCAGCUGCAACUGCAACUGUGGUAAAUUCUCCACUUCAUGGGGUCUCAACCAAGCCGGAGGUGAACUUAAAUAAGUUGUUUUGGUCUAAACCCUCUUCAUUGGCUUUGGCACCAGACUCACCUCUGAGAAUUGAGGAGCCAAAAUAUGAGGGCUUUCGGCGUACUAUCUUGAAGCUAUUGUUGUUUUAUAGCAAGCAAAGUAAAUCCAUUCGAGGGGCAAACGUGAUAUACCGGCGUAUCAUUUCACAAGUUGACAAACAGCCUAUUUAUGAUGUAUUUAACUUGGAGAAAAACUUCAAAACAACGUUUUCUUUGCUUGUACUUCACAUGUGGCUUUGCUUGCACCGCUUGAAAGAAGAAGGAAAGGAGGGUGUUGAGCUUGGGCAAUAUGUGUAUGAGAUUUACAAUCAUGACUUAGAGCUGAGAGUAUCCAAGGCAGGGGUCAACUUACUUUUGACUAGAUGGAUGAAGGAUCUGGAGAAGAUAUUCUAUGGGAAUGUUGUUGCAUAUAAUGCUGCAAUGCUUCCUGAGGCUAAACAGGAUGAGCUUGAGAAUGUGAUUUGGAGGAAUGUGUUCUCCGAUGAUGGUUCAUCAAAGCCAAAUGAUGCCGCAUCAGUUGUCAUCCAGGCAAUGUCCAGAUAUGUUCGCCGGGAAUCUUAUUGCUUGACAUUGACAGAUAAAGAGGCUAUAUUUUCUGGCAACUUCAUGUUUACCUCCUUACAGAACCUAUCACCUGAUGGCACGAGAUAAUUAGCGGACGAAGAGAUCAGGUUGAGGUUCCAGUAAUACUGUGAUCAAAACAUAGGUUCUUGCUUUUAACUAGUUUUGAAACAGGCUUCCUAAUCACUUAUUAAAACAAUUGUAAUGGUUCUUUUGC